UAACAGAGUCGUGUUCUGAUGUCUGUAACAAAAAAUGGCGGCUUUGUUUAAUGUUAAGAGAGGAAUCAUAAACAUCUACAGAACAUCGCCGAGACAGCACAACAACAACACUCUUCAGUUCUCUCGUUGCUUCACCUCUCAAGGAAGCAAUGGAGGUGGAGAGUCAUCUGCGAGUAUGAACGAGGCGAGACAAGAGGCGAUGGGAACAAGCACAGAUGCUAAGGCACCUGAUGUUUCACUCAGCUAUGCAGCGGAUACUGCGAAAGAAGGGUUAAAACAAGCCAUGGAUAAAGCCAAGAAAAAGAGCGGAGACGCUGCCACGGAGGAGGCAGCAACGGUUGCAGGCGGCGAGGACGAGAGUGAAGAGAAUGUGACAGUGGGUGAGAUAGGAACUCUUAAAGGGAAAAAUCAAUCUUCAAGCUGAAAAAUAUGUCUCUACUCUGUAUGUUAGGACUUAAAAGCCAAAUCUAUAACGUGUUUUUAAAGUAUCUUCAAAUGUUAAAAGAGUGUUG